AUGGAAGCAGCUCUCGAACAAGUCAGAAAGCUAGCAACGCUCAGCGAAGAUGGUCGUCGUGAGGCGAUGGUAGCUCUCCACAACUUGGCGUACUCAUUGGAGACCCAUCACGACACUAUCCACAGAUAUGGCCAUGCGCAUCUUCAAGCUGCUAUAGUCCAGGUCGGAAUUGACCUGAAAUUAUUCAGAUACUUGGUCGAGUCGGAUGGGCCAUUGACAAUACAGCAACUCUCCGAGAAAACGGGGGCGGAGCUGGACUUGUUAACCCGCGUGCUCAGGUUUCUUGCAUCCAUCGGUGCAAUUAGUGAAAACGACAAAGUUCAAUACAGUGCCAAUCAUAUAACCCGAAAUCUUGCGGAGCGACUGGUUGAAGCUGGUCUGUCACACUACUUUACGACCGCCGCAUCGCAGUACCAAGUGCUACCAGACUACUUGAAAGAUACUGGCUACAAGAACCCUGUAGACGAGAAUAAAACAGCCUUUCAAGUGGCAUUCAAUACGCCAUUGAAUUCAUACGCCUGGUUCGCCACCCACCCGGUACAACUGGAUCAUUUCAAUACCUAUAUGGCCUUGCGUCGGAAACCUGUCAACACUUGGUUAUCGGUAUACCCCGUGGAAAAAGAAGCUUCCAACUGGCCUGCCGAAAAAGGCCUGUACGUAAACAUUGGUGGCAGCAUUGGUCACCAAUGCGCGCAAUUCAAGGAGAAGUAUCCCCAUUUACAAGGCCGCGUAAUACUACAGGACUUGUCACACUCGGUGGCGAACGCACUUCCUACUCAUGGUGUUGAAAACAUAGCGCAUGAUAUGUUCGAGCCGCAGCCUAUUGUUGGCGCUAAGUUCUACUAUCUACGUGCUGUGCUGCACAACCAAUCCCCACCCAACGUGCGACGAGUACUCGAUAACAUCAAGGCUGCUAUGACGCCCGAGUCGAUAUUGCUCAUCGAUGAGCUCGUCCUCCCUGAGUAUGGUGUUAGCUACAUCGCAUCGUCCAUUGAUAUGACUAUGCUCUCAGCGUUCGCCAGCACAGAGCGUACCGAAGCCCAGUGGAGUAAGACGUUCGAAGAGGCAGGGCUCGAAUUGAAGCGUACCUAUACAUACUACCCCACGGGCUAUGAAAGCGUUAUGGACGUGCGUUUACCGAGUGCCAAGUCAACCAACGGAGAGAUAAAAUAG